GCGAAGGAAGAAGGAAACGAGGAAUAAAAAGCAAAGAGAGCUCACUAAAAAAGGCCGGGGACAGCGGACUGACAGCGCCGGAGAGACGGUGUCAGAGAGACAGACCUGUGUCGUGCUCACACACCGCGGACGGACAGGACAGGCAGACAUGGAGGGCUCCACGGUGGAAGACCACAAAGAGAAAUUAUUAUGGAACGUCAAACGAGAGGUGAAGCAGAUUAUGGAGGAAGCAGUGACUAAGAAAUUUGUCCACGAGGACAGCAGCCACAUCAUUGCUCUGUGCACUGCCAUCGAGGCCUGCCUGGGUCACCUGCUGAAGAGACGGGCAGCCGGCUUUCUCCGCAGCGACAAGAUCGCCGCCCUCUUCACCAAAGUCGGCAAAGUCUACGACACGGCCGGUGAGGUCUGCCGCAAAGUGCAAGAGCAACUCCAGCAGCAGGCUGAUCUCACCAGGAGAACCCAGAGCGUGGGCCAUGAACCCUUGAGGAGACAGGGAUCCUCCACUACCAGCCGCCCCCCUCAGCCCCUUUCUGCCCAGGCCAUCAAACACAUCUGGGUCCGAACAGCUCUGUUCGAGAAAGUUCUGGACAAGAUAGUGCAGUACAUCGUGGACAACUCCAGUAAAUACUAUGAGAGGGAAGCUCUGAUGCAUGACUCAGUCUUCGGGCCCAUCUUGGCAGCACUGCUGGUGGGGCCCUGUGCUCUGGAGUACACCAAACUGAAGACGUCGGAUCAUUUCUGGACGGACCCCUCAGCCAACGAGCUGGUACAGCGCCACCGUAUCCAUGGGGCCCACCGGGGCCAAGACACCUCAGCCGGCCGCCGGCCUGCUCUGGGGAUCCGCAAGAGGCAGUCCAGUGGCAGCAUGUCAGAAGACAGGUUUGCUGCAUCAGCUAGGGAGUAUGUGGAGUCUCUUCACCAAAACUCCAGAACACACCUUCUCUACGGCAAAAACAACGUCCUGGUGCAACCGAAGAAGGACAUGGAGGUGUUGCGGGGCUACUUGUCCCUCCAUCAGGCUGGGGAUAACCUCACCCUGAAGUGGACACCCAACCAGCUUAUCAAUGGCACGCUGGGAGACUGUGACCUGGAGAAGAGUAUCUACUGGGACUAUGCAUUGACUGUCCCUCUGCGCCAGAUAGUCUGUAUCCACUGUCACCAACGCCCUGACUGUGGCGGUACCCUGGUUCUGGUCAGUCAGGAUGGGAUCCAGCGGCCGCCCCUCCACUUCCCCCCUGGUGGUCACCUCCUGGCCUUUCUCUCCUGUCUGGAAACAGGGCUUUUACCACGGGGUCAGCUGGAGCCCCCCCUCUGGUCCCAGAAAGGCAAGGGAAAAGUGUUCCCUAAACUGAGGAAGAGGAGCAGUGCAGCCAGACUCAUCGACCAGGACAGGAACGGUGAGGAGGAGACAGCUGCUGACUAUGUGUUUCGCAUCGUCUACCCUGGAUACCGCUACGACGCUAUCACCAUAAACUACCACCACACCACGGGCAGCCGCGCUCCGUCGCUGGACGAUGACGAGGAAGAGGAAGAUAGGCUCCAUGCUAUGAUCUCAAUGAUCUGCUCGCGGAACCUCACAGACCCUAAUGUCAUGAAAGACCACGGGGAGAUGAUGGAGAUGCAGGGUUUUGGAGGCAGCCCGUCGUCGUGGCAACAGACCGAAGUAACCACUCACGAGUCGCUGUGCCAGUCCUGCUCCACAGCAGGUAGCAACAUGGCGUUCGACUACCCGGCCGGCUGUACCUGCAUACACGACCCAUCAGACAUCCACACUAUUCCUCUUAAGAUGCUCUGCCAGAACAUGAAGAGGCAGAUAGUCUCCAGAGCAUUUUAUGGAUGGCUGGCCUACUGUCGACACCUGUCCACUGUGCGGACUCACCUGUCAGCUCUGGUCAACCACAACAUCGUCCCUCCAGACAGACCCUGCGAGGCGUCCGGGGGCCUCAGCAAAGAGGUGUGGAGCAAAUACCAGAAAGACUGCAAGAACUAUAAAGAGCUGGAGCUGCUAAGGUUGGUUUAUUAUGGCGGAGUGCAGCACGACAUCAGGAAGGAGGUCUGGCCUUUCCUGCUGGGGCACUACAAGUUCGGCAUGGGCAAAAAGGACAUGAGCCAGAUUGACGCGAAGAUCAGCGAACGCUACCAGCAGGUGAUGCGGGAGUGGAAGGCCUGCGAGGUGAUUGUCAAGCAGAGGGAGAAAGAGAUGCAGUCGGCCAUCUUUGCCAAGCUCUCCUCGGGUAGCAGCAUCGACAGCCACGUCCUGCGACUCGUUCACAGAGACUCCACACUCAGCAACGAGGUGUUUAUGUCGGUGGACGAGCCGGACGCAGGGAGCCAGGAGACCCCCAGUGGAGAGGACAGUACCCCCACCAUGACCACCCUGGUUCCCCCUGCAGCCCUCCCGCCAGAGGAGCGCCCCCUGGUGGAGUUUGACUCUCCCGACUCGGGCCUGCCCUCCUCCAGAAACUACUCAGUGACCUCUGCUCAUUCCCAGAUCCUGUCCAGCAUAGACGACGGUCAGAGUACGGAGGAGGAAGGGGGGGGCGGGGAGGAGGGCAGGACUCCGGGUGUGCUGGGCGGGCGUCAGGACUCUCUGACUGAGGACAGGCUGUGCAGCCAACUGGACAAACUGGUGACCAAUGGAGCAGCUGCAGAGGGGAUAUCACCUUCGCUUUCCUCAUACACGAUCGAGCUGUUGGACACAGUUGCCCUCAACCUCCACAGGAUAGACAAAGAUGUGCAGCGCUGCGAUCGCAACUAUUAUUACUUCACCCCAGCCAACCUGGAGAAACUACGAAACAUCAUGUGCAGCUACGUGUGGGAGCAUUUAGAGAUGGGCUAUGUUCAGGGCAUGUGUGACCUCCUUGCUCCGCUCAUGGUCAUCCUGGAUGAUGAGUGCCUGGCAUACAGCUGUUUCACUCAGCUAAUGAAGAGGAUGAGUCAAAACUUCCCUAAUGGCGGAGCCAUGGACACACACUUUGCCAACAUGAGGUCACUGAUCCAG